ACACUAUCAUCGUCGCCUGCCCACGUCCCCUCUCACCGCCGUGACCGCACCUCCUCUCCACCACCGAUCCACCGCCUCCAACAGAGUGCAUACCUCGAAAUACUACUCACCUCGCAGUGAACGAGGAUUCACAUGUCUCCUCGCCAGUAAACGCACUGCAGCUCACAAUGGAGGGACCGCUCUCCCCAGGGGCCAGUAAUGGCGCAUCGCGAGCGCCUAGCCCCACACCACCUACUAUCGACCCUCAGAUUAUCGUCGACUACCUGGAAAAGGUUCUCGAGGUCAAUCUUGGCGCAGCAGAGCGAGAUCUCCGCGCGCCCGGUAGCUGUCUUUCAGAUGACAGGCGCACCGACACCCUGCAGAGAUGCGCGCAGUUCUCCAAGGAGAACCAGUUGGCGCUUUAUGUCAUCAAGGAGCGAACCGCAGAGGCUACCAUAGACGGGCUGGAAGGAAGUAACGGCGUCUCCCAGCAUUACACGUACACUGUUUCUACUGAAAUAAUCUCAUCUCCUCAUUGUGCAGCAUUUGUUGUCCUUCAGAAGCGACCGAUACCCAUAGAUUCCUCGAUACCCCUCAACGAGCAGGUUACUAUUUCGACACUUCCCGGCUUUAUACUUUCUAAUAACGCCUCUUCGCAAGAUGGUGCGCCCUUCGAAUUUAUCCAUUCUCUCAUCCAGGUCGCCGUAGAACCGUAUUUUGAUAGCUACAACAAAACAAAGAGCCAGCGCAACCCGAAAGAGCUCUACAGCAGCAAGGGGGACAGCGAUUCAAGAACGGGCAUUUCUGCAGCGAAGAAGAAGAUGGCCGAGCUGGCAUUGGCCAUACAGCACUUGUCAGACAACGCUGAUAUUCCUGACCUGCUUCUGCCAUUCCACCCACAAAUCAUACUGGCACUUCAGGAAGCGGAAGCUCGCGGCUUGAAACCCUCUCCAGACCUGAUUCCGACCACUGUUGUGCAGGACAGCACCUUUCUCAACCAGCUACAGGGAACAGUCAACGCGUGGAUCAAGUCGAUACAGAACAUCACCAAGACAUCUCGCGACGUUUCCACGGGAUCAGCACAACAAGAGAUCAAUUUCUGGAUCUCCAUGGAAACUAGACUCCAUGACAUCGAGACUCAGCUUAGUAGUGCUGGUGUGAGACUGACCUUGGAUGUGCUCAAGAAUGCGAAGCGUUUUCAGGCCACAGUCAGUUUCAGUGCGGACACUGGCCUGAAGGAGAAAACCGAUCUGGUACAAAAAUACAACUCGCUAAUGAGAGAGUUCCCACUGGACCAACUGCAUACCUCCACGUCUUUGGUCUCUGUAGACGAAGCCAUCAACCAGAUCUUCAACCAUCUCAACAAGAAACUGCGCAUUUGCCCAUACCCGAUCCGCCGAGCUUUGCCUCUUGUCGAAGCCAUUUCAGCAGACCUUGACGUCGAGCUACACAAAAAGCUCUCCGGCCGUACAUUGAUGCACAUGGACUAUCCCGAGUUCCAAGCCAUUAUGGAUGUUGCAGAGAGGAUCUGGCGCACCUGGGAGGAAGACGUAAAGGAGUUCACGAAUGUUGCACGCGAGGUCACGAGACGGAGGAACGAGAAAUUCAUCCCCAUCAAGAUCAACCCGCGUCAUCGCGAGACCGAAGAGCGUAUUCGCUAUGUUACCACCUUCAGAAAGAAUCACGAGCAGCUGCAGCGCACCAUUGUCAACGUUCUUGGGACUCGAUCUAUGUCUUCCGAUGGCUCGCAGCCUAAGGAGGUCAUUGUCGAAGAUAUCGGUGAUGUGGAUGCUGUAAAAGAGGUCAAGGAGGCUUACGAUGUCCUUAAAGAUGUUGACGUCCUGGAUGUUUCGCCAGAGGGCACACGACUAUUCGAACAGGCCGAAGAAAAGUAUAACGAGCGUACCUCGCGAGUCGAAAACUCAAUUAUUGCUCGACUUCGAGACCGUUUGGGUACUGCAAAGACAGCGAGCGAGAUGUUCCGUGUUUUCUCCAAGUUCAAUCCUCUUUUUGUGCGACCCAAGAUUCGGGGUGCCAUCUCAGAGUAUCAGACACAACUCAUCGAAAGUGUCAAGCAGGACAUACAGGCUCUGCACGAACGUUUCAAGCGCCAGUACGCGAACUCUGAGGCACAUGCAAUGGCACAACUCCGAGACUUCCCUCCAGUCUCUGGCGCUGUUAUCUGGGCGCGACAAAUCGAGAUUCAGCUCGAGAAAUACAUGGGAAAGGUCGAGGACAUUCUCGGUAAAGAUUGGGUUCUCCACGCGGAAGGACAAAAGCUUCAGGCGGAAAGCAACAUGUUUAAGAAGAAGUUGGACACACGGCCCAUCUUCGAGACAUGGCUGCAGGCAGUCGCACGGAACAAGCUUUCGAUAUCUGGGCGCCUCUUCGUUGUCAGUAGGAACCGUGCUGCCGGCAAUGUUCUGGAGUUGAAUGUGAACUUUGAUGGCCAGGUCAUUGCGUUGUUCAAGGAAGUGCGCAACUUGACGUGGCGUGGCUACCAGGUUCCGCAUGGUAUCAACAAUAUCUCAAAAGAAGCCAAGCGAGUCUACCCUUACGCUGUGAGCCUGAUGGAGAGUGUCCGAACGUAUACCCAGACGGUUCGCUCCAUCUCGGAGCUGACUGGAGUCGCUCUUCUCCUCAACAACUACGCCAACGACGUUCAAUCCCUCAUUCAAAAGGGAGUGCCUCUGAAGUGGGAGUCGUUUGUCCACGCAUACGACCUGCACGUUCGCCAACCUGGGUUUCCCGCGGGAGCUGGAAGUGUUCGGAGUGAGAGUAAACAUGUGCAAUUUGUCCGGGACUUCCAGGCUGCGACCUCACUACUCCAAACCAAGGUCGCUACUCUCGUCAGUAUCAACGCCGUAGUCGAAAAGGCGCUGAAGGAACUCGAAACAUGUCCAUACAACAAGGAGGCUUUCCAACAUAACUUGGAGAUCGUCCAGAAGUCUGUUGAUCAGCUGAACCUGGAAAACUACGCCAACCUCACGACGUGGGUCUCGGAGAUGAAUACCCGGAUCGAAAGCAUCCUUCUCGUUCGCUUGAAGUACGCUAUGUCGCAGUGGAUCGACGUCUUCAACAAUGGGGGCGAAGACGAAUAUGUUCGCCGGCCUACCAGCGAACCAACAGUUGGGGAAAUCAACGAGGUCAGACCGACAUUAUCAGAACUUACACUGGAGAUUACCAUGCGUAACCAAGUCAUCUAUCUCAGUCCACCGGUCGAGUAUGCUCGCGCAAGCUGGCUCGAGCAACUACAGCGUUGGCUUGCAGUCGUCUGUACUCUUCAGAAAACUAAGGCUUCGCGCUACGAGAUUCGCAUCGAAUCGACGAAGGAUGUUGCUGCUAAUCAGUUCUCUGAUCUUCCCGGCAAGUGCACUGACUCGUUGAUUGAAGUGUACAGUGCAGUCGAGGGCAAGCUGGGCGACGUCUCUACAUACGUUGACGAGUGGCUUCAAUUCCAAUCUUUGUGGGAUCUGCAAUCCGAACACGUAUACGACGUCCUUGGUGAAGACCUUUCGCGAUGGUUGCAGCUUCUGCAAGAGAUCCGCAAGACCCGCUCCACAUUCGACACCUCAGAUAUCAGUCGACGCUUCGGCUACGUCACGGUUGACUACGAGCAGGUGCAGGUCAAGGUCAACGCAAAGUACGAUCAGUGGCAACAAGAGAUUCUCGCCAAGUUCGCUAACAGGCUCGGUCAACGUAUGAAUGAGGUCUUCGUUGAUGUUGCGAAAGCACGCAAGGAUCUUGAAGUACAGACUCUUGAAGCCUCAUCGACCGCGCAGGCUGUAUCGUUCAUUACCACCGUGCAGCAAUGCAAGCGUCAGGUCUCGGAAUGGGAACCCGAGAUUGCGACUUUCCGAUCAGGAACAGCUACUCUGAAUCGUCAACGCUACCAGUUUCCCCAGAACUGGCUGCCGAUGGAACAAAUUGACCAUGAGUGGCAGACAUUGAAUGAGGUGCUCAACAGGAAGAAGAAGAUUGCCGACGAUCAAGCUGAUGCACUUCGGGCCAAGAUCGCUGCAGAAGACAAGAUUGUCACCCAGAAGAUCUCGGACGUGAUCAGCGAAUGGGCUGCAGAAAAACCUGUCGCUGGCGAUCUUAAACCCGAAGCUGCCUCCGCCAUCCUUGCUAAAUUCGACAAGAGAAUCGACCAGUUGACCACCGAAUCCAGCAAUCUUGCCAAGGCAAAAGAAGCUUUGCAAUUGGCACCAUCGCCUAUCACAGUUCUCAACGACCUGUACGAUGAAGUGGCGGACUUUAAGCAAGUCUGGGCCAAUAUCAGUACCAUCUGGGGUUCCCUUAGCGACCUGCGUGAGGAGUUGUGGACCAGCAUACAACCUCGAAAAUUGAGGAAAAUCCUCGAAGACCGCUCAUCUGAUCUGAGGGCUAUGCCAGCCAAGCUCCGGCAGUAUCAAGCUUUUGAUCACGUGCAGAGCACGCUGAAGCAACUCUUGAAGGACAACACCUUGCUUGGAGAGUUACGGGCUGAUCAUAUACGUGAGCGUCAUUGGGUCAAGAUUUUCAAGCAAUUGAGGCCCCAGAAGAGAUACUCGCCGACCUCCAUGACGCUGGGCGACGUAUGGGACCUCAAGCUUGGACCCAGCGAAAAGGUCAUUCGCGAUGUCCUUGACCAAGCAGUAGGCGAGAACACAUUGGAAGAGUUCAUCAAGCAGGUCCGCGAGACGUGGAACAGUUAUGCUCUGGACCUUAUCAAUUACCAAAACAAGUGUCGUCUUAUUAAGGGCUGGGACGAACUCUUUGCUCAGUGUAGCGAACACUUGAACAACCUACAGGUGAUACGUCACUCUCCUUACUACAAGGAGUUUGAAGAAGAAGCCUCUGCUUGGGAGGAUAGACUGAAUCGCGUUCACGUGUUAUUUGACGUGUGGAUUGAUGUUCAGCGUCAAUGGGUCUAUCUCGAAGGAGUUUUCACUGGCAAUGCAGAUAUCAAGCAUCUGCUGCCAAUGGAGUCAGCGCGUUUUAACAACAUCAACGCAGAGUUCCUGACGGUCAUGAAAAAAGUUGCACGUCAGCCCUUCGUCAUGGAGGCUCUCAAUAUUACUGGCGUGCAACAGUCGCUUGAUAGACUCGCGGAUAUGCUCACUAAGAUUCAGAAAGCCUUGGGAGAGUACCUCGAGCGGGAACGUGUAGCCUUCCCGCGUUUCUACUUCGUUGGUGAUGAGGACCUUCUCGAGAUCAUCGGAAAUAGUAACGAUGUGCUCCGCAUCGCGAAGCAUUUGAGAAAAAUGUUUGCGGGUAUUUCAGGCCUGACUACGGACGAGGAUGGUGUCAUUAUAGGCUUUUCCUCUAAAGAGGGUGAGGUGGUUGAACUGCGUCAAAGGAUCUCCUUAGUCCAGACACCGCGGAUUAACGAGUGGCUGGGUGCACUCGAGAAGAACAUGAAAACGACUCUCGCAGAAUUGACAUUUGAAGCCUCGGAAGAGUUCGCUCAGCUCAUGGCCGCCGAUACCAUGGAUCCGUCUGCAUUCAGCGACUACAUUGGGAAAUAUCCGACUCAAGUUGUUGUGCUUGGAACUCAGAUCGCCUGGACCGAGGCAGUUGAAGCAUCGUUGACUGCUGAGGGCACAUCUCUGCCCGAACUGUUCGAGAAGCAGGUCAACGUUCUCAAACUUUUGGCCUCAGCGGUCCUCGGCGAUCUCGAACCUAUCCGCCGAAGGAAAUGCGAGGAUCUCAUCACCGAGUUUGUCCACCAACGGGACGUCAUUCACAAGCUGCGAAAAGUCGGUGCCCGCUCACCAACACAUCACAUGUGGCUUCUCUCAAUGCGAUAUAUACACGAGCCCGGUAAUGAUCUGCUCAAGCAACUGAGGAUCAAGAUGGCCAAUGCCGUCCUGGACUACGGGUUUGAGUACCUGGGUGUUGCCGACCGUCUUGUCAGAACACCAUUGACCGAUCGCUGUUUCCUCACCCUCACUCAGGCCAUGUGCCAACGCCUUGGUGGGUCACCUUAUGGCCCUGCCGGAACCGGAAAAACCGAAUCAGUUAAAGCUCUCGGUGUCCAGCUCGGUCGCUUCACACUUGUCUUUUGCUGCGAUGAUACAUUCGAUUUCCAAGCCAUGGGUCGCAUUUUCCUCGGUCUAUGCCAGGUCGGCGCCUGGGGCUGCUUCGACGAGUUCAAUCGCCUUGAGGAACGUAUCCUUUCGGCUGUCUCACAACAAAUCCAGAACAUUCAGCUUGGUCUCAAGAAGGGUGCCGAAGAUGACAAGGCUCAAAUUGAGCUCAUCGGUCGUCAGCUGAAGGUCAAUGGCAACACAGGUGUAUUCAUCACCAUGAACCCUGGAUAUGCAGGUCGAUCCAACCUGCCUGAUAACCUGAAAAAGCUGUUCAGAAGCAUUGCCAUGUCCAAACCUGACAAGGAACUGAUUGCUGAAGUCAUGCUAUACUCCCAGGGUUUCUCACAGGCAAAAGAUCUCUCUAAGCAGGUUGUCCCAUUCUUUGAUAGCUGCGCCUCCAGCCUUUCUACGCAAGCUCACUACGACUUUGGUCUACGUGCUCUGAAGAGCGUUCUGGUCAGUUCUGGUGGAUUAAAGCGAGCUCGCAUUGCCAUCACAGACUCCGAGGAGGCAGAUGAAGCCGUCUUGGAACCUCAAAUCAUUCUCCAGAGUCUUAGAGAGACGAUUGCGCCUAAGCUUAUUCGUUCUGAUGUCGAGAUCAUGCGAAGCAUCGAAGAUGAGGCAUUCCCUGGCGUCCAAUACAUCCCAGCACCUCUCGAUAAGCUCAGCGAGGCUAUCCGUAAACAAGCAGCCACCUCAAAGUUGGUCGUCAGUGAGGCUUGGAUGACGAAGAUUAUCCAGCUCUACCAGAUCCAGAACCUGCACCACGGUGUCAUGAUGGUGGGUUCGUCUGGCUCAGGCAAGUCAGCAGCAUGGAGGACGCUUUUAAGCGCGCUGCAAGAAGCCGAUGGUGUGGAGGGUGUUUGCCACGUUAUCGACCCCAAAGUCAUGUCCAAAGAGCAGCUUUACGGUACCUUGGACAACACUACACGCGAGUGGACCGACGGGCUCUUCACCGGAAUUCUUCGUAAAAUCGUCGACAAUCUUCGCGGAGAGGACAGCAAGCGCCACUGGAUUGUAUUCGACGGCGACGUCGAUCCCGAGUGGGUCGAAAAUUUGAACUCGGUGCUCGAUGACAACAAACUUCUCACCCUACCCAACGGUGAGCGUCUCAACCUACCGUCCAAUGUUCGGAUUAUGUUCGAAGUCGAAACGCUGAAAUACGCUACACUCGCUACAGUGUCUCGUUGUGGUAUGGUGUGGUUCAGCGACGACACCGUCAACGUCGACAUGAUGAUCGACAACUACAUCCAAAACCUCAAGACCACUCCUUUUGAAGAUAUCGAAGAUGACUCUGUUGCGCCUGGACAGAUGGCUCAACAGACACUUGCGACACAGGGUCUCAUAGCGGACUUCCUGAAGAUCAAACUUACACAGGAUCGUUUUAUCGAAAAAGCGCUCAGCAUGGCUCGCAAGUUCAAGCAUAUCAUGGAAUACACGGAUAUCCGCGCUCUCAAUACCCUGUUCUCGCUUCUUAACAAGGCAUGUCGCAAUGUCAUCGAGUACAAUGUUCAGCACCAAGACUUCCCCCUCGAAGACGACAAGAUGGAGGCUUACUUGUCAAAGAAGCUGCUCGUUGCUAUUGUUUGGGCGCUUGUCGGCGACUGCCCGCUGUCAGAUCGCAAGCAGUUUGGUGACCUUGUGGCGAGUAUGACUGACGUUGAGCUGCCACCUCUCAACGAGUCUACAUCCUUGAUCGACUAUGAUGCCAAGCCCGAAAAGCCGGACUGGGACAUGUGGCAGAAUCAGGUACCCAAUGUCGAGGUCAAUACCCACUCCAUCGUCCAAACCGAUGUCGUCAUUCCCACUCUCGAUACUGUCCGCCACGAGGAUGUUCUUUACUCUUGGCUUGCCGAACAUAAGCCGCUACUUCUUUGCGGACCGCCAGGUUCUGGCAAAACCAUGACGCUUUUCAGCGCUCUUCGCAAACUCCCGCACAUGCAAGUCGUUGGUCUGAAUUUCUCCAGUGCUACAACCCCCGACUUGCUCAUCAAGACAUUUGAGCAAUACUGCGAGUACAAGAAGACUGUAAAUGGUGUUCAGCUAAGCCCAACUCAGAUCGGUCGUUGGCUGAUCAUAUUCUGCGACGAGAUCAACCUGCCGGCACCCGACAAGUACGGCACUCAGCGUGCAAUCUCAUUCCUGCGCCAACUCGUGGAACACAACGGAUUCUGGAGGACAUCGGACAAGACUUGGGUUACCCUGGACCGAAUUCAGUUUGUUGGUGCUUGUAAUCCGCCCACAGACGCUGGCCGUACGCCCAUGGGCCUGCGUUUCCUACGCCAUGCUCCACUCGUCAUGGUAGAUUAUCCCGGCGAACAAUCUCUGCUGCAGAUUUACGGAACCUUUACGAGUGCAGUGCUGAAGAUCAUUCCGACAUUGCGCGGUUAUUCAGAUGCUUUGACAAGGGCCAUGGUGCAGCUGUACUCCGAAUCACAGAAGAGAUUCACCCCUGAUAUACAGCCACACUAUGUCUACUCGCCCCGUGAGCUUACACGCUGGGUCCGUGGUAUCUACGAAGCACUUCGCCCACUUGAGACAUUACCAAUCGAAGGUCUUGUCAGAAUCUGGGCACAUGAGGCCUUAAGACUGUUCCAGGAUCGUCUAAUUGCCGAGGACGAGCGAGCAUGGACUGAGGAGAGUGUGCAUCGCAUCGCGUUGGAGCACUUCCCCACUCUGAAUGAGGAAAAAGCCCUCGGUGGACCUAUCCUAUUCUCGAAUUGGCUGUCGAAGAACUACGUGCCUGUCGAACGUGAGCAGCUUCGAGACUUUGUCAAAGCCCGCCUCCGAACCUUUUGCGAAGAAGAAGUCGACGUGCCCUUGAUCCUUUUCAACGACGUCCUCGAACACGUUCUCCGUAUCGAUCGUGUAUUCCGACAACCUCAGGGUCAUCUGAUCCUCAUCGGUGUAAGUGGUUCGGGGAAGACUACGCUGUCACGCUUCGUAGCCUGGAUGAAUGGCUUGAGUGUGUACCAAAUCAAGGUACACGGAAAGUACACGGGCGAUGACUUCGACGAUGACCUUCGCAACGUGCUUCGUCGAUGCGGUUGCAAGGGUGAGAAAAUUUGCUUCAUCCUUGAUGAAGCCAACGUACUCGACUCGGGCUUUUUGGAACGCAUGAACACACUGCUUGCCAACGCCGAAGUUCCUGGUCUCUUUGAGGGUGACGAGUAUGCUACACUGAUGACAUCCAUUAAGGAGGGCGCCCAGCGACAGGGAAUUAUUCUAGACUCCCAAGAGGAGCUCUACAAGUGGUUCACCGAGCAGAUCGUCAAAAAUCUACACGUUGUGUUCACGAUGAACCCCCCUGAAGAAGGUCUUUCCUCAAAGGCGGCUACCAGUCCCGCUCUCUUCAACCGUUGCGUACUCAACUGGUUCGGAGAUUGGUCAGACCAAGCUCUAUUCCAGGUCGGAUCUGAACUGACUCAUUCCGUGGAUUUGGAUCGAUCUAACUACGUCGCGCCAGACAGCAUACCUGUUGCUUAUCAAGGGCUCACCCUUCCACCAUCCCAUCGCGAGAGUGUGGUCAAUGCUAUGGUUGCGGUUCAUCACUCUCUGCGAAGCAAGAACGACAAGCUACAGAGAACGCAGAGCCGUAAAAUGUAUCUGACACCUCGCCACUUCUUGGAUUUCGUCGCACAAUAUGUCAAGCUUUAUAAUGAAAAGCGCGAGGAUCUCGAGGAACAACAACGUCAUCUCAACGUUGGUCUGGAAAAGCUGAGGGACACAUUCGACAAGGUUAGAGAUUUGCGAGCGAGUCUCGCUCAGAAGAAAACCCAACUCGAGCAGAAAUCUGCAGAGGCAAAUCAGAAGCUGCAGCAAAUGGUUGCGGACCAGCGCCAGGCCGAGGAGAAGAAAGCUGGCGCAAAAGAGCUAGAAGCUCAGCUCGCGAAGGAACGUGCCGCGAUCAAGGAGCGAAGUGAGGUGGUCAAUCGAGAUUUGGACAUGGCAGAACCAGCUGUCCUUGAGGCGCAAAAGAGUGUACAGAACAUCAAGCGCCAGCAUCUAACCGAAGUUCGAUCUAUGGGCAAUCCACCAGCUGGUGUCAAGCUUGCACUAGAGGCUGUGUGUACGCUCUUGGGUCACAAACCAGAAAACUGGAAGGUCAUCCAGGGUAUUGUCAGGAAGGAUGAUUUCAUUGGGAGCAUUGUUGCCUUUGAUAAUGACAGGCAGAUGACUGCUCCGCUGCGCCGCAAGAUGAACAACGAGUACCUGAACAAGGAGGAUUUCACUUUCGAAAAGGUCAAUCGCGCAUCAAAGGCCUGCGGUCCCCUCGUACAAUGGGUCGAAGCACAAGUGAUGUACUCCGAAAUACUUCAUCGCGUUGAACCACUUCGUAAGGAAGUUGCUGAGCUCGAACAAGAGCAGGAAAAGAAAGAGAAAGCCGCACGCGACACCCAGGCGCUGAUUGAAAAACUCGACCAAAAUAUCAAACGCUACGAGGAAGACUAUGCUGUCUUGAUCGGCGAGACGCAAGCGAUCAAGACUGAAAUGUCGACUGUCCAAUUCAAGGUUGAUCGCAGUGUACGUCUGCUUGACAGUCUCUCUUCCGAACAGACUCGUUGGGGGGAAAGCAGCAGAUCAUUUGACUCGCAGAUCGACACGAUCGUUGGCGACGUUCUCGUUGCUGCGGCUUUCAUUGCAUAUGCCGGUUACUAUGAUCAGCAGUACAGGAAAGCCCUGACAGAGGACUGGUACGACCAGCUCAAAAAUUCCGGUAUCAGCUUCAAGACACCCAACCCAAUCACGGAGUAUCUUUCCACUACCGAUGAUCGGCUGACGUGGCAGCGGAAUGGUCUACCCGUCGACGAUCUCUGCACCGAGAACGCCAUUGUACUACAGCGCUUCAAUAGGUACCCACUUAUCAUCGAUCCAUCCGGCAGAACCACAGAAUUUUUGCAGAACGAAUGCAAAGAUCGCCGUCUAACUGUCACAAGCUUCUUGGACGACUCAUUCGUCAAGCAGCUCGAAAGUUCACUGCGUUUCGGCAACCCCAUCUUGAUCCAGGAUGCUGAGUACCUGGAUCCCAUUCUCAACCAUGUUCUUAACAAGGAAUACCAGAAAACUGGCGGCCGUGUGCUCAUCCAGCUCGGUAAACAGGAAAUUGACUUCUCGCCAACAUUCCGCCUAUACCUCUCGACACGUGACCCGUCAGCCAAUUUCGCUCCCGAUAUCUGCAGUCGUACCACAUUUGUCAAUUUCACGGUCACACAAAGCAGCUUGCAAACGCAAACACUCAACGAAGUCCUCAAGUCUGAGAGACCCGAUGUUGACGAGCGCCGUUCCAACCUUAUUAAAAUGCAGGGCGAGUUCGCGGUCCACCUUCGCCAACUCGAGAAGCGUCUCUUACAAGCCCUCAACGAAUCUCGUGGAAAUAUCCUUGAUGAUGACCGGGUCAUCGAGACCCUUGAGACACUUAAGAAGGAGGCAAAAGAUAUCUCAGACAAAGUCUCCGAGACUGCAGGUGUCAUGACAGAAGUUGACAACAUCACAAAGGAGUACACUGUCGUUGCUCGUUCUUGCUCGGCGAUCUUUGCCGUCUUAGAGCAACUGCAUCACCUCAACCACUUCUAUCAGUUCUCCCUGCAGUAUUUCACACAAAUCUUCGAGACCGUGCUCCGAAAGGUCAGAAACGGUUCUAGCACCAGCCAUACCGCUCGGAUUGAUCAGAUCAUUACCGAACUCUUCGUUGAUGCCUAUCGCCGCACUUCGCUCUCGCUCUUGCAGAAGGAUCGUGUCACAUUUGCGAUGCUUCUGGUGCAAGCCGCGCCCUACAAGAUGGAUAAGGCACUGAUUGACAAGAUCCUUGAUGUUGAUAUCGAAGCAAUUGAUGUAUCUACCGAGCCUGAGCGAAAGGAAGAGGUGUUACAACGCGCAAGCAAACUAUCCAUCUUCAAAGACGAACUCGACAAGGUCGAAGAUGUUAGUUGGGGUGCGUUCUUCACUGAAGAGCUCGCUGAGCGGCACGUACCACAAGCUUGGCCUGAAGGUCUCAACAGGUUUGACAAGCAAUUACGGGCUCUCAUUCUCGUCAAAUUGUUCCGUGUCGACCGCUUCGUACCUGCGGUCGAGCGAUUCGUUACAGAGGUAUUUGGCAAGGGCAUUCUGGACGCUGGUGGUGACCUUGGCGAUAUCGUCAAAGAAGUCAAUGCCAUCACCCCUAUCGCCCUUAGCUCUAGCCCUGGGUUUGACGCCAGUUACAAGGUCGACAACCUCGUUGAGAGGGAACACGUGUCGUGCGCCAACAUUGCCAUGGGUUCCAACGAAGGCGCAUCGACGGCAGACAAGGCAAUCGCCAACGCUGCCACGACGGGCAACUGGGUGCUUGUGAAGAAUGUUCACUUAACCCCUCAAUGGCUGCAAUCGCUAGAGAAGAGACUCGAGGCACUCAAGCCCAACCCUGACUUCCGUCUCUUCCUAUCUAUGGAGUCAAGCCCGAAGAUCCCUGUCAAUCUACUUCGAGCGUCUCGUGUGCUCUCUUACGAGCAACCUGCUGGCAUUCGUGCAAACAUGAAGGACUCGCUGUCCUCUCUCGCCGAGAAGGCCAUUAAACCGCCUGUUGAGAAAGCUCGUGUCUAUCUUAUUCUGUCAUUCUUGCAUGCCGUAGUACAGGAGCGUCUCCGCUACGCACCAACACUUGGAUGGAAGGGCUUCUGGGAAUUUAACGACAGCGAUUAUGAAUGCUGUAGCUUCAUCGUAGAUACCUGGAUCGACACCGUUGCUCAGGGUCGUUCCAACAUUGCGCCUGCCAAGAUCCCAUGGGAAAUGAUCACUACACUCGUCAUUGAGAUGUACGGCGGUAAGAUCGACGACGAAGCAGACUGGCACAUACUCGCAUCUAUUGUGCGAGAGUGCAUGACCCCUGCUGCAUUCGAGGAGAACUUCAAGAUCGUCAAAGACACCGAGCAUAACGAGGGUCUGGCAUUGCCCAGCUCCACAGGCUGGAAGGACUUCAUGCAGUGGGUCAAUGAUCUUCCGGAGCGUGAGCCACCUACUUACCUGGGACUCCCGGCCAACGCGGAGAAACUCCUGCUUGUGGGUCAGGCGAAGGAGAUGGUUGGCAACUUGAAGAGGGUGGUGGAGAUGCUCGACGAGGGUGAGCAGAUUAUGGCCGAGGCUGAGUAAUAGGUGCUCAGCUUGCGCGAGAUGAGCACUGGAACUAGCUCAUGAAUGGUCAGCCGCAUUGCAAUGAGCGCACUUACAUGGUAGCAGGGGUGGGUUUAGUGUUGCCAGUAUACUCGUGUACUCAUCUUCUUCGUGCGAUUGCACAUACACCUAUGCUUGAUGUUCCAACUAGUUUGAAAGCCC